AUGAAUGCUGAGAGUUGCGUGUCGUUCUGCGAUCCGUCGGCUGCUACCAUGGAUUCCUUCUACAACGCCGCCUCGCAAGGCAGCGUCGACGGCUCCUCGCCUUUUAGGGUAUUUCCCGGCAGCAGCGACAAAUUCAGCUCUGCUUUCCUGGCCAGCAAAGGACAAAGCUUUGGAGACAGCGGCGGGGGCGGCGGUGGUAGCAGCGGCAGCAGCAACAACAGCCCCAAGCGCCGGAGUCGCUACAGCCAGCCGGAAUGUCCGUCUCUGGACGGCAGCGGCGCGCAGCAGCCACAAGCGCUCCCGACCCCACCGCCGCCGCUCUACGGGCAGCGCGGCUCUUGCAAAAGCCCCCCGAGCGGCAACCUCAAGCUGCAGGACACCAGCGGCCACAACGGAGCCCUGCAGCUUUCUUGCUUCGCUAAAGAAAGUUCCCUGGGAGAGACUGAACUACAGCCAGGAUCUGAUUCUGCUGGAAUGGAUAGUAGUUACCUCAGCGUGAAAGAGACCAGUGUGAAGACGUCCCAAGAGAGGGCAAGUAAUGAUCUUCCCAGCCCAAUGGACAAGACUGAUUCAGAGAGCAACAAGGGCAAGAAGAGACGGAACCGCACCACCUUCACCAGCUACCAGUUGGAAGAGCUGGAAAAGGUCUUUCAGAAGACCCAUUAUCCAGAUGUCUAUGCCAGAGAGCAAUUAGCCAUGAGGACGGAUCUCACUGAAGCCCGAGUACAGGUUUGGUUUCAGAACCGAAGAGCAAAAUGGAGAAAACGAGAACGAUUUGGUCAAAUGCAACAGGUUCGCACACAUUUCUCCACUGCCUAUGAGUUGCCUUUGCUCACUCGAGCAGAAAACUAUGCCCAGAUACAGAAUCCGUCCUGGAUUGGCAACAACGGUGCCGCCUCUCCUGUGCCUGCCUGUGUAGUGCCCUGUGACUCGGUGCCUUCCUGCAUGUCUCCCCAUGCUCAUCCCCAUACCACCGGAGGAGUCUCUGAAUUCCUGAGCGUCUCGGGUCCCGGCAGCCACGUGGGGCAGACGCACAUGGGCAGCCUCUUUGGCAGCGCCGGCAUCAGCCCCAGCAUCAAUGGCUAUGAGUUGAACGGCGAGCCGGACCGCAAGUCUUCCAGCAUUGCAGCCCUGCGGAUGAAAGCCAAGGAGCACAGUGCUGCCAUAUCGUGGGCAACAUGA